AAGACGACGUUCGGGUUGCAGUGCCGCAAGCUCCAACGCAAGGCUGCGUAGCCGACUCCAAAUUUGUCUUUGGAGGAACUGGUGGUGGUGGAAAUGUGAAAGUCAUUGGAUGUCCGUAGAUGCAGAGGGUGGUUCCCAUACGCCAACAAAACACGACCCUCCCCACCUGGACAUCGCCCAGCCUUAUGGGAAUGUUGCCUAGACUGAUGGGGAAUGAGACGAGAGUAAGAAAAGGAGAUGAAGGCCGACUGAAUGAUACUAUAUGUUGCGAGAGUUCUCUCUUUCAGUCCCAAUCCACCUUCGAUGUCGAGUCCAACAAGGCUGAGGUUGGCAUACUCUACCUUCAGUCUCCCAGAUGCUGCAGAGAAGGCGACAAUCUGUCGUUCCGGCUGCCUUCUGUCCAAUGCCCACGGCUGAGCUAUCGGACGCCGAAAGGCGGAAAAUUCAGCAGAUACAAGAAAAACAGGAUCUAUUUCAUCAAAAGUUGAAACGCAGAGGACUUGGCCGAUACGAAGAAAAGGCCAUCGCUUGUUCCAGCGCCGAAGAGUUUGCAGGAUUUUGGACCGAAUUUUCCGAUCAUGCCCAAGUCAAAUUUGAGAAUCGGCACAUUGACGGCUGGAGACGACGAACAAGAAAGUUUCAGAGUUUUGCAGAGGGCGUUCGAACUUUCAUGGACGAAAUAAAACCAGUAUUGGAUGCUUGCAGGGAAAUGGGCAAGCCUUACUCUGGGUUUGCAAUUGGUACCAUGGCAAUUCUUUUCGUGGUUGGUUCGAAUAAGCAUCGGAUAGAAAAUCAACUUCUAUCAACUUUGACAGGAAUAAAAGACCGUCUUCCCGGAAUCAAAAUACUGGCUGAGUGUUGUGGAAUGGGCACUGAGUAUGAAAUGGACCUGAAACUGAAGAUGCAGCUUGCCCAUUGGGCCUUCACUGACCUUGCCAUUGAAAUGGUAGGGUACUAUAUUGACCGUGGCUAUCGGAGGUGGAUGAUAGCAAUCUUUAGAUCUGGCAAGUUCAAGGACAUGAUAGACACGGUAAAUACUAGUGUUAUCGCGGUUCGUUCGCGAUGCGAAGAGUUAGCCAUCUUAAACAUCAACCAAAUCAAGGAGACCAACGACGAGCUCCUAAAGAAAAUGCACAGAUACCAGCUUGGCCAAGGGAGUGAUUAUCUCAUGCGCCUUCUGGAGCCCCUUGGAAUCCCCACUUGGUCCCUGUCGGGGCAUCACAAGCGAUUAGCGGAUUACCAGCGCAGUAUCGAAGCAGAGCAGUUCUACGAAGGUUCGUAUGAGAACAUGACAGGAAUGAGUCUGGAGAGAUUCCACCAACAGGAGACAUCCUUCAUUCAGUGGUCUCAGAGUAGCGAUGCCGCCAUGCUCAUUCUCACCGGAGCCAACAACUGUAACAUCACCGAACUCAAGCAACACUGUUGGAUAUCGCCCGUAGCAAUUGAUAUGGCCCGAAAAUAUCGAGAUCAGGGUAUCACGCACGCCUUUUACCCAUUCCAAGAGCGACGGGCAACCUCGAUUAGCACAGCGGUUCCCAUCAUCGUCACCCAGCUACUGGGCUUCAAGCUCAGGGAACUUGACGGUCACCAAAUGGAUAUCAUAGCACACGCGCGCGCGUUUUCCCGAACUACUGAUGCCGACGAGGAGACCAGAGCUACCGCGCUAAGUCGACUGCUCAAUGACACCAUCAAGAUUUUCCAGCCCGAGGAGAGGGUCGUGCUAAUAAUCGACCGCGUGGAUAUUUGCGACGAAUCGGAAAGGGAUGGCUUUCUUCGCAUGCUGGUUUCCAUGCUAAAUGAAGCGUGCUGUACGUUGAAGAUCCUGCUGGUGACCCAGUCAGUGGUUGAUUGGAGACCGAACGUGAGGGAAUUGCGAUCUAGGUUGAGAACGUCGGCUGGUUUACAUCAAGCGUUGAAAGUUCAGCGAUUUCGUUCGGAGUAUUGAUUGGCGGAUGCUUCUUAGCUACAAUAUGUACUGACUCUGAGGUGACAAGGCGGAUCAUGACCGAUGAAGCCGAUACAAAUGAUACAGGUAGAGGAAGGAAAUGGCCAAGAUAUCCAAAUGAACAG